GUGUUGUGCUAGGCACUGCUGCUCGAAAUGCUUUGCUUGCUGCUCAGAUUGAUAACCAUGUAGACGUUGGUGUAGUAGAAACACUGAAGCAGUUCGAGUCAGAUGGACUUGUUCCUGACGCUCAAACAUAUGGCCAGCUUUCGCGAAUUUAUGCGCGAAAGGCCGAUUUAAAAAGAAUAAUUGAAAUAAUUAAUCAUGUUAGAUAUAUUGGAAUAGAACUGCCGAGUGAGGUACUUGAAUCUAUAGUUUAUAGUUUGGCGAGCUUAGGACAGGAUGAGAAGGCGAAGUCAAUUAUUGAACAUGUUUUUAAUAAUAUACCAUUGGCAGAUAAUUUGAAAAUGGCUUAUACAUUGGCGAAAGCCGAACACUUUGAUGGUGUGAAUGUUUUAGAGUUCCUGGAUAAGAUUGCGAAUGUUAAUACUUUUAUAGAGAAAUACCAGAUUUCAAUAUAUGAAUUAUUGUUUUCUCUUGCCAGAAAAGGGAACUUGGACGCAAUUAUAAAGCUAACAAGCAUUUUACCGCCCUUAUCCAAAAGUAUGGACAAGCAGUAUGAGUCCAUAAUUUGCAGUAAAAUCCGCAGAUUUUUAAGUAAGGAAGAACAGAAUAUUGUAGCAGCCGCGAUAUUGCUUGAUCUAAUUCCAAACAUUGAAAAGCGGCAUCCACUCCGUAUUUAUUUACACAGCGUAGCUUUAAAUAAUCCCAAGAACUUCCACGAUCUUUUUGCAAUUUACAAGCGAACCGAUGAUUUUGUAGAACUUCAAAAUCGCCCCCACUUACAGCUUCCUAUCGCAGUACGACAUUUCAAUGAGUUGAUGAAGGCUGAUACAAAAGAGAAGAAAGUUGAGCAUUUGUUAGAGAUUGCACGUUCCCUCCAGAGCACUGGAAUUACAUCUUGCGGUGAGAAAUAUUUUACGAAUGUGAAAGAGUUGUUUAUUGUACCGCUUCUGAAAGAUAUGAACUUUCUGUCGCAGUUGAUGAAAAAAAUUGAAAAUGAGAGCUCGCUGCAGUGUUUUGUGGUUGACAUUCUUAUUACUCAUCUAAUGGCAACAAAACAAAUGCAUCAACUUCAGCUAUUAUUACAAGGGACUUUGAAGAAUUCUUUGGCGGGAGAGACAUAUCCAUAUCGAGAAGUGAAAAAUUUUAUUCUCAAUACAUCAGUUAAGAACAAAAGCCUUGUUCCAGUCUGCCGUCUUUUGCGGCUGCUUUUUCCGCUACCCGGUAUAAAUAAUAAUUGUCAAUAUGAAAAAGGAAUGCAAAUAAUCAAAUCGGCCGUCAUUGCUGGUGAUUUGAAUAAAGUUAAAAUGAUGUGUGAAUUAUGGUCUACUGAUAAACGAAUUGUUCUUCGAAAAAGCGACAAGGAAGAUCUUUUAAAAACUCUUGAUUGGAAUGGUGAAUCAUCAAAGAAACAAUUUGUAAAUACAUUAUCAGAAAUGGGAUCACCUCUGGAUACAAAAGUUCAAAGAAAACAUUGCACGAAUGAAAAAUUAAGCAAAUUAAACAAGAUUUCAGCAGGCCGUGGUGUUAGGCAAAAGCCUAUAGGAAAAGCAGAAAGUGCGAAUCGAAAACGCAUGGAAAUGGAAUUGCAGAAUGCGCUUGAUUGUGGUGAUUUGAAAAAGGCAAAAGAAAUUUGGAUUAUGGGGCCAGAGUAUAUAUCUCCAUCUAAAGGGUUAUUAUUGGCUGAGAAACUAUAUUUUUCAAAAAUGAUGGAUCAAUUCAAAUCCGUUCUUUUGAAACUCAACGAACUUCAUGAAGAUCUUUCUUAUCACGUUCUUACUGCUUACGAUUCAUCGGAUGCGUCACAUGUGCGAAUGGUGUUCCUAGACAAAACGAGUAAGAUACUGGGCCUGCACUUAAAUAUUAAGCAGGAGCUUUUAUAUAACACACGAGUUAAUGCAUUCCACGAAUUAAUUGAAAAAGGUAAUCUUAGUCAUGCUCUUGAUUUGUUAAAAAUAAUCAGUGCUCAAAAAAAUUCGGUAUAUGGUCAGUUUGAUUUGAUGGGUGCAGCAAUCGAAAGGGAUGACACAACGAUUAUUUCUGAAGUAAUUAAUUUGAUUGCAACGUAUCAUGGCAAGGAAUCAUCCUUGGCUGACUUUUGUGUUGCUUUGUUAGAGCAUAAUAAAAAAAUGCAUGCAGUGCGACUGGUACAGAGUAGUAGUUUCCGACUUUCUGGUGCGAAGCUUAAUUAUUAUAUUGACCGGGAAAUCGAUCUAGGCCGGGUGGAAGUAAUUCUUAAUUUAUUCGAAUUAUGUAUUCGUAAAAAAAAUCUGGAACAACGAGAUUUGGAAAAUGCUGUAUCCAAGAUAGUCAAUUUCUAUGUUAAGCGAAAAAAUGAAGCGAUUAUUAACUUAAUUGAAGAGAGAUUAAAAGAUAUUGGUAUACGUUUGACUCCAGGAAUGAAUUCAUUAUUGUUGAAAUCGAAAGGACAAAAUUUUGACGUCACUUAUGAUGAUAAUGUGUCAAUUCCGUGA